AUGAUUAUUAUUACACUACUUAUUAGUAUUGUUUCAUCAUAUCAAAUUUGGCAAGUAACUGAUGUUCAUUUUGAUGGGAAUUAUAAAGAAGGAAGUGAUCCAAAUACAGUUUGUAGAAGUGGAGAAGGAACAGCAAGGAAAAUAGGAGAUUAUUCAUGUGAUACAACAGAUUAUGUACUUAAAUCAGUUCCAAAAUUUAUCAAUUAUCAAUCAAGUGAUAAAAAACAUAAUAAAAUACUAAUUUAUAAUGGAGAUAUUCUUCCAAGAAAAUUAGGAGAAUAUGAUGAAAUGUAUCUUAAAGAAGGACUUGAUAAUGCAACUAAAUUUCUUAAAGAAUUUAAUAGAUUUGAAAUUAUUCCAAUGUUAGGAAAUCAUGAUGCACUUCCAGAAAAUUAUCAAGAUGAAAGUAAAAGUUCAUUAUUUAGAUAUGCAGCAAAGAAAUAUUCUAGAUGGCUUCCACAAAGUGCAUUAGAAACAUUUAAAAGAGGAGGAUAUUAUACAAAAGAAAUACUUGGAACAGGAGAAGAAGAAAAAACAUAUGUAGUAGUAUUAAAUACAGUUUUAUAUUAUACAUUUAAUAAAUUAACAGAAAAUGAUACAGAUCCAAUAGAACAAUUUAAAUGGUUUAAAGAAACAAUGGAUAAAUAUACAGAAGAAAAUAAAAAAGUAAUAGUUGCAGCACAUAUUUGUCCAGGAGUUUCAGAAAGAUACAAUUGGUCAGAACAAAUGUAUAAUCAAUAUGAUGAUAAAUUAAUUGAUUUAAUAACACAAUAUUCAAAUAUUACAAUUGGAAUGAUUUGUGGUCAUUUACAUUUAGAUACAUAUCGAAUUAUGCAAAGUAAAGAUAAAAAGAAAACAGUUAUUGGUUAUCUUUCACCUAGUUUAGAUACUUAUCUUGGGAUUAAUCCAAGUAUUAGAUUAUAUGAUAUUAAAGGAAAUAUUAUUCAAAGUUAUAUUAAUUAUUAUGUUGAUUUAAAUAAAACUGAUGUUCAAUGGAAAUUUAAUUACAAUGCAACUCAAGAAUAUAACCUUAAUGAUUUAAGUCCAAAUAGUAUGAUUUCAUUAGCACAAAGAAUGCACUCUAAUAGAACUCUCCAUGAUAUAUGGUAUGAACAUAUGAGAGCUGAUUCUCAUAUGUAUCAAUGUGAUGAUAAAUGUUGGAAUAAUAAUUUAUGUGCUUUAGAACAUCCAAGAAAUAGUGAAAAAGAUUGUUAUAAAUGGUAA